AUGUCGGAGUUGGCCGGGAGCGGAGCUGAUAAGAGCAUGGAGGAAAGAGCCAAUUCGAGCGGCGGUUUAGAUGAUGAGGGUCGGGAAGCUAGAAUUACAGCCCUGGUGGUGAACGACGACUGUUUGCAGCGGAUGAUCCACCGAGCGUUUCUGAGGAUGCUCGGAGUUGAAAGCCAGGAGGUUAAAAAUGGAAAAGAAGCGGUCGAUAUUCACCGUUCAGAGAAUAAGUUCGACCUGAUCAUCAUGGACAUGGACAUGCCUGUCAUGGACGGCGUUCAGGCUACGAAGGAGCUGCGUAGCAUGGGGGUACACAGCAGAAUCCUUGGCCUGUCAUCAAGAACAGGCGAAGAAACUAAGGAAUUCUUGGCGGCAGGCUUGGAUGUCUGUCGAGAGAAGCCGCUGACAGCUGAAAAGCUCAUAUCCAUUCUGCAUAGCGUCAAACAGGAAGCUUCGGCAAGCGAAGCGUCGAGCUCGAAGUCCGAUUCGAUAUGCUGAGCCAGCUGAGUUGGUGUUCUGCCAUUGUUUGUGUGAGUUAAGUGCAGUAGUGUUAGGGUUCUAAUUAG